GUUACGGGUAUGUUCUUCCUCGGGUCUCUACAUUUCCUUUACAUGCUUUCCAUUGAAAUGUUAAUGACAUCGCGGCAACACAACGUAGGAGGAGAUGGCAGCGAAGGAGCAGGCGGCCCAGGAGCACGCACGGAACAUGGAGCGGCAGAUUCUGGAGUACCAGCAGCAGCAGACACAGAUGAUGCAGCAGAUGCAACAGCAGCAGCAGAUGAUGCAGCAGCAGCAGGCACAGAUGAGCUGGCUGAUGAGCCAGACGGCUCUGUCUUCUCCACCGGGGAGUCUUCCUCCUCCACCUUACUCCAUGUGGAUGCCGCCACCGCCCACUCAGACCCCGGGGACACCUAUCACCGUCAACAACAUGAACAUCAUCCGGAGCAUGAACCUCGAUUUUAUGUCACAAGGCAAUGACAAUGAGGCCGGCGGAAGCGGAGGAGGACAAUAAGGUUGAUGGCAUGGUCUUGAUGGAUUUGUGGACUUUCCCGUUAUGGAUUGCACUUGUACUUGAUGUAUUUGUGGACAUUGCACUUGUACUUGUUGUAUUUGUGGACAUUGCACUUGUUAUGCAUAAACUAUGUGUGCUCGAUGUAUUUGUGGUGUUGUUCAUGUGUUUGGUGA